CCAUCUGACGUCGUACGCGCGAUGCCUGGGAAAUACGCCAUCGGCGCGCUCCUCGGAGCGGGCGCCGCCGUCGUCGUGAACGACAUGAUGCCCGACGCGCUCCCGCGCCUCGGGCUCAGCACGCCGAAGAACAUCAACCUCCAGUACUUCGACAUCAUGGGCCCCACGGAGCGCAUCCGCUACGCGCUCCUUCUCGGCAAAGUUCCGUUCAACGACGAGCGCGUCAAGUUUUCCGAUUGGCCCAGCGUGAAGCCCACGACGCCGUACGGUCAGAUGCCCGUGCUCACCGUGGACGGGCAACGGUUCACGCAGAGCGGCGCGAUCUUGAACUGGGCGGGGACGAUCACGGGGUUGACCCCGCGCGACCCGAUCAAGGCGAUGCGCGUGAACGAGGCGUGCGAGCUCGACAACGACUUGCGAGGGAAGAUCCGGCCGAGCAUCUACGUCGGCAUGGACAAGUCGCUGGGCGACCGGGAGAAGAAGCGGAAGGUGAAGGAGAUGCGCGAGGAGAUCGCGAAGACGCACAUCCCGUUCUACCUCGGGCACUUCGAGAAGAUGCUCGAAGACAGCGAGUACCUGUGCGGCGACAAGGUCACCGUCGCGGACUGCCAAGUCUUGAGCACGCUGCGUUGGCUCGGCGGCGGCGGGCUCGAUCACAUUCCGCCCACGUGCGUCGAAGCGUUCCCGAAGCUGUGCGCGCUGAAGAAGAAGAUGGAGGCGAUGCCGGAGAUCGCGGAAUACCUCGAGAAGACGAAGAAGUGAGUAUCGACGAUCUCGACGCGAUAGAGCCAGCGAGCGAGCGAGCGAGCGAGCGAGGAGGAGGAGGAGGAUCGCUACGCGACGCGGCGACUCGCGAUGUGCACACCGUACCAAAUCGAAGGACACGCGUCUUCCUUUUUCGCUACUGUACGCUACUAGUCUAGCUUAGCUAUCUCCUCCUCGUCGUCAGUCCAGC